AUGGGACUUCUCAGCAAAGUGUCUCUUUCGAGGCCCCAGGAUGAACCUGGCAAGGCGUGGCCAGCCAUCGCCGUGGGCUUCUUCGUUGCCUUUGGUGGUGUUCUCUUUGGCUAUGAUACUGGCACUAUCAGCGGUAUCUUGGCUAUGCCUUACUGGCAGCGUGAAUUCAGCACAGGUUAUAUUGAUGCUGACGGAAACCCCAACGUCACUUCGUCUCAGGAAUCAGCUAUCGUGUCUAUUCUCUCUGCGGGCACCUUUUUCGGUGCCCUUGCCUCGCCUCUCUUGUCUGAUUGGCUUGGUCGUCGCCCUGGUCUGAUGAUCUCGACUUGGGUCUUCAACCUUGGAGUUGUCUUGCAUACUAUCGCGACCGAUAUUCCGUUGUUUCUGGCAGGCCGCUUCUUUGCUGGCUUCGGUGUUGGUCUUAUCUCUGCUACGAGUAUGAACUAUGUUUACCCCAGUGUUGCAGCGGCUAACUCUGCUCAAGUUCCUCUCUAUCAGUCUGAAACAGCUCCCAAAUGGAUCCGUGGUGCUAUCGUUGGCUCCUACCAGUGGGCCAUUACCAUUGGCCUGCUUCUUGCCGCUGUUGUGAACAACGCGACUUCGAAACGGGAUGAUUCAGGCUCCUAUCGAAUUCCUAUUGCGCUACAACUUGCUUGGUCUCUUAUCCUCUUUACUGGACUGUUGUUUCUUCCAGAGACUCCGCGCUUCCUUGUAAAGAAAAGCCAGUUGGACAAGGCGGCGAACUCUCUUAGCCGUCUUCGAAGAUUACCUGCCGAUUCCCCGGAAGUUGCAAACGAACUCAACGAGGUUGUAGCAAACCAUGAAUUUGAGAUGAGUCUUGGGCAGUCCUCUUAUCUCCAAUGCUUUAAGCCUCCCAUGCUCAAGAGGCAGCUUACGGGUAUGGGCGUUCAGGCGCUACAGCAGCUUACAGGUAUCAACUUCAUCUUUUAUUACGGCACCAAAUACUUCCAGAAUUCGGGUGUGUCUAGUGGCUUUGUCAUCUCAAUGAUCACUUCAGCUAUCAAUGUUGCAUCUACAGUGCCCGGCAUGUAUGCAAUUGAUAAAUGGGGACGCCGACCUAUGCUGUUAUACGGCGCCAUUGGCAUGUCUAUCUCUCAACUGAUUGUUGCUGUCUGUGGCACUCUGUCUACCGGUCAGCAUGAUAACGGCGAGAUUUUUAUUAAGAAUCUUGGCGGGCAACAAGCGGCUGUGGCCUUUGUUUGCAUUUAUAUCUCCAUCUUUGCAGCUACUUGGGGCCCCCUCGUUUGGGUGGUGACAGGAGAGAUCUUUCCCCUGAAGACACGAGCUAAAUCCCUUAGCAUCACGACAGCGACAAAUUGGCUACUUAACUGGGCUCUGGCUUAUUCCACGCCAUAUAUGGUCAACUAUGGCGAGGGAAACGCAAACCUGCAGUCUAAGAUCUUCUUUGUGUGGUUUGGUUGCUGCUUCCUAUGCAUUGCGUUCGUUUGGUUCUUUAUUUACGAAACGAAAGGACUUACUUUGGAGCAAGUCGAUCAGCUUUAUGAGGAAGUAAGCGUCGCCCGCAAGUCGGUCCACUGGGUUCCGUCUACGUCCUGGGAAAGUCGACAGGGCCACAGCAUGAAGAAAGAGGAGGAUGCAGAGGUAGAGGAAGUUGGCAAUUGA